UUGAGGAAGGGAUCAGUUUUUGAAGUGAACCCCCUUAGUGAUGCCUCGGUACACUGGGAGACCGCCUUUCUCUUCAGAUUUGAUCCCACGCCAGACGUCUACGUGAGGUCUGCGGAGGCGAGAGAUGCUUUACCGGGAAAACGGUGACGCAGCAGUUGACGGAACUGACAGACGUCGGCGUCGCAUUGCUUAACCGAGAAGAGCUUUAAAAUCCAGAUCACAAGACUCGGCGUCCAGGAGUCCAGUGCUGGUGGGUGAAACCACCAAAACUGCGUGAAGACCCGGAGAGAUGGACAACGGAGGGUUUUGCUAUGACAAUUAUCACAGUGGAGACAGUGAUGAUGAGCUGGUGGAUAUUUCUGAUGUUACGGUGGACUACAACGAGGACGUCCCACCUCUGGACAGAGAUUACAACACAGGUCACUGUAAAGCAGAUUGGAGACCGAACGGCAGUCCUAAGCUGAGGGAUCUGCUGGAUGUUUCUGGCAUUGGCACCUAUGAGGACUUCAACACCAUUGACUGGGUCCGAGAAAAGUCCAGAGACAGAGAUCGCCAUCGAGAGAUCACUAACAAGAGUAAGCAUUCAACUCUGGCUCUGCUCUUCAGCAUCAGUGAUGCCUUUUCCGGCUGGCUUCUGAUGCUUCUCAUUGGACUCAUGUCAGGGGCUUUGGCUGGAGGUAUAGACAUUGCUGCUCAUUGGAUGACUGACCUUAAAGAGGGCGUGUGUCUGGACGGGUUCUGGUUCAAUCAUGAGGACUGUUGCUGGACGUACAAUGGGACCACUUUCAAGGAAAGAGACAAGUGUCCUCAGUGGAAGAGCUGGGCAGAGCUCAUGGUUGGAGUCAGUGAGAGCACCGUGUGGUAUGCGUAUAUGGCGAGUUAUUUCAUGUACGUGUGCUGGGCUCUUUUCUUCUCCUUCCUGGCUGUGAUCCUUGUGAGAGCCUUCGCUCCUUACGCUUGCGGUUCAGGAAUUCCAGAGAUUAAGACCAUCCUGAGCGGCUUCAUCAUCCGAGGGUACCUUGGCAAGUGGACUUUGAUCAUUAAGACCAUCACGCUGGUGCUGGCCGUCUCGUCCGGCCUCAGUUUGGGGAAGGAGGGUCCGCUGGUUCAUGUGGCCUGCUGCUGCGCAAACAUCCUGUGCCAUUUCUUCACCAAAUACCGUCGAAACGAGGCCAAGAGACGCGAGGUGUUGUCUGCAGCAUCUGCAGUCGGAGUGUCUGUAGCCUUUGGUGCUCCUAUUGGAGGUGUGCUUUUCAGUCUUGAAGAGGUCAGCUAUUACUUCCCGCUAAAGACUCUCUGGCGUUCAUUUUUCGCAGCUCUGGUUGCGGCUUUCACCCUUCGCUCCAUUAAUCCCUUCGGCAACAGCCGCUUGGUGCUUUUCUACGUGGAGUUUCACACUCCCUGGCAUUUCCUGGAACUAAUACCGUUCAUCCUUCUGGGCAUCUUUGGUGGCCUUUGGGGGGCUUUCUUCAUUCAUGCCAACAUCGCCUGGUGUCGUUUGAGGAAGAACACCAGCUUUGGCCACUAUCCUGUCAUGGAGGUCCUAAUAGUCACCCUGGUCACUGCAUUUCUAGCGUUUCCAAAUGAGUUCACCCGCAUGAGCAGCAGCACACUGAUCUCGGAGCUGUUCAAUGACUGCAGUCUGCUGGACUCCUCCAAGCUCUGCAAUUAUACUAGCGUCGGCGGAGGAAGAGGAGGAAGUGUUAAUGCUACUAUUGCUAAUGCUCUGGCUGAUCGGCCGGCAGGGCCAGGGCUUUAUACGGCUAUGUGGCAACUGGCUCUUGCGCUGCUCUUCAAGAUGGUCAUAACUGUGGCAACCUUUGGCAUGAAGGUGCCGUCCGGUCUGUUUAUCCCCAGUAUGGCAGUCGGGGCCAUAGCGGGCAGACUUCUGGGUGUUUUCAUGGAGCAGCUGGCCGUCUACCACCAUGACUGGGCCAUUUUCAGAGGCUGGUGCUCUCCCGGGACGGACUGCAUCACGCCAGGCCUCUACGCCAUGGUGGGCGCAGCAGCCUGUUUGGGUGGAGUGACCCGUAUGACAGUCUCUCUGGUGGUCAUCAUGUUUGAGCUGACUGGGGGUUUAGAGUACAUUGUACCUCUUAUGGCUGCUGCGAUGACCAGCAAAUGGGUUGCAGAUGCCUUUGGUCGCGAGAGCAUCUAUGAAGCCCACAUUCGUCUUAACGGCUACCCCUUCCUAGAGGCAAAGGAGGAAUUUCGCCACAAGACUCUUGCCACAGAUGUGAUGCGUCCCCGACGGAGCGACCCGCCACUGUCAGUGCUCACACAGAGUGGCAUGAGCGUGGAGGAGGUGGAAAGACUCAUUGCAGACACCACCUACAGCGGCUUCCCUGUGGUCCUCUCACUGACGUCUCAGAGACUCGUGGGCUUUGUGUUGAGGAGGGAUCUCAUCAUUUCUUUAGAAAAUGCACGACGGCAUCAGGAGGGUGUGGUGAGUGUGUCUGUAGUCCUGUUCACAGAAUGUGAUCCACCCGCAUCCCCCAACGCUCCUCCUGCGGUCAAACUGCGGAGUAUCCUGGACCUCAGCCCCUUCACGGUCACUGUGCAUACGCCAAUGGAGAUCGUGGUGGACAUCUUUCGUAAACUCGGCCUGCGGCAGUGCCUCGUCACUCAGAAUGGGCGUUUGCUGGGAAUCAUCACUAAAAAGGACAUUCUUAAACACAUGGCGCAGAUGGCUAACAGAGACCCGGAUUCAAUCCUCUUCAACUGAAGACUCUCAGGAUCGGACGGAGAAGAAAAACUCACUAAUACACACACACACACACACACACACACACACACUGAGGACUAAACUAUUCUGUGGUUAGUGUGUGUAUGUGUGUGUGUUUGUGUGUGUUUUACUGAGGUACUUCUGUUAUAGUGGGGUGUGAAAGUGGCCCUAGGCAGCUUAUUGUUGUUCCAGAACUGGACAUGUUCAGACAAGAGGUGUUUAGCCUGUCUGGAGGCUAGUGGGACGUAUAUAGUGUGAGAAAUACUGUCCUCUCACACCUGCGACCCUAUUAGGCCAAAUCUCCGCUUUUGCCAUCAGGACGUGGUGAAUGUAGACCAGCUCUGAUUCCUGCCAAUAUAUAUAUUUUUGGGAUCAACAAUUUUUUGAGGUGGCUUUUUGUUCAUUUAUUUGAACAUAAAGUAUUCUUAAGAUGGUUACAAGGCUCUUGGGCUGGCCUUGGUUGCUGGUUUUGGACAUUUACAAAGCUGGGAGACCAGCCGGGUUAGUUUAACAGGGAUAGUUCACCCAUAAUUGAAAAUGCUCUUCAUUUUCUUACUGAUUUUUCAAAAAAAAAUUUUUAUUGAUUUCAUAGCAUUUUCCCUAUACUAUGCAUGUCAGUGGCUGCUUUUUCCAAAAUUCUUCAAAAUAUGUAUCCAACAAAAAUGUUUGGAAUUACCUGAGGAUGAGCAAAUGGGGCAUAAAUCUAAACUUCUGAUUGAACUAUUUCUUUGAAGAUGGGGACUGGACUUUCAGGUUGAUCUGGGUUACUGGUUUUGGACAUUUACCAGGCAGCGAGACCAGCUAGCAAGAUCCUCUUAAACCAAGGUCAGCAAAACGAGUAGUUUAAGCUAUUUUUUAACAGGGUUUCCAUCCCUGGAGUGACGUCUGACCUCGAGAGGAACUUCAGAAGGGUGAGAACAUUCCUGUGAUGAUCUGGGAAACGUGCGCUCAGGGUGUCUUGUCUGAACCUGCGUGUGUCGAGUGAUCCCUGUGGGAAGAUGUUUUCUUGAAGUGCACUGAGAUUUGAUGCAUCACGUUGAAAAGUCACAGAGGCGCAUUCAUUUUGAUCUCUUUGAUAGGGUUUAAAUGUACUAAAGAGUCUAAAUAUAGUCUAAAUGUACAUUCUGGAGGCAUACCUCAACCAAAAGUACUCUAUAUUUCCUCUCAUCUGUUGAACACUAAAGAAGCUAUUAUAAAGAGAGCUGAAAUCUGUAAACAUUGACUUUCAUAGAAGGGAAAACAAAUACUAUUGUUGUCGAUGGUGACAGUUUUGCAGCAUUCUUCAAAAUAUCUUCUUCAGUGUUCAAAACGAGAAAAAAAAACUCAAACAGGUUUGGAAUCAGGGAGAAUAAAUGAUGACAGAAUUUUCAGUUUUGGAUGAACUAUCCCUUUAACUUAAAUUAGAUAAAGUCAGUUUGAUAUUAUGACAAAAGGUGCCUUAAAGGAUGUAACCAAGUCUGUAGUCGUUUACUAAACCCGUUUGACUCUUUCUUCAGUGGAACACAGUCAGUUUGGGUGCCAACAUUCUUUGAAAUUUUCCAUUUGUGUUCUGCAGAAGUAAGAAAGUGCCUUUUGGGUGCCUUCGGUAGUUCAUAUUAAGUUAAAGUGCCCUGAUUCUACCUCUGUCUCUCUCUUACUUAGUGUAACAAGGGGCUUAUUUUUUUCAAUUUUCACUCUGCUCCCCAAAUGAAUCAAUCUGUAGUUUCCGUUUGCCACCAGCAAGAGGCACUGUCUCCCAGAUUGACCAAUCUGGACAUUCUGCACCAUCUGAUUGAUUCUUGGCUCGCUUUUCUCUCUGGGUGUGUUGCUGUAUUCUCUCAUGUCAUUACAAUAGGGACUUUUUCAUGCUCCUAUUGAGCACCUGGAUCAUUCCGUGCAGUCUUUAGAGAUGUGAAUCCACUCGUCUGUCCAUCACCCUUACUCGUCUUUCCCAUGUAACCGCACCGUCGUCCUCAAGCAACCUCAGUAAAGCAUCUUUCGGCACCUCCCUUGUUUGGCUGUGAGGAUCCGAUCAUGACAUAACGAGAUCCUCCCUAUAAUGAAAGGUUAAACUUGUACGCAGACCCCUUCUUUGGCAUGAUCCCUUGACUUUUUUUGAUUUAGAAAAACCCUCCACCCUCAAGUCUUUUUUUCCUCCCUGCAAUGGCAUUUGGGUUGUUUAUAGCCUAUUAAUGGCAUUCAACUCUUUUCAUGCCAGGUCUAAACUCUGGCUCUUUCCCGGCUCGCCGUAAUUCCCGGGAGCUGGAACUCGGGCAGGGAGGUCUUGCAGGGCUAUUGUUCCCAUUCGCUCCUGCUCGUCUGGGCUCCCGGUCGCCAGGAUGUCCCCCGACAAGCACCACUAGCAGUCCCGACCGCCUUCCACUCUUAGACUAUUUCCGGUCCCGUCUUUAAACAACGGCGCAAUUAUAAUAGAGCAGAGGGGAAAAAAAUUCUUGCACUCUGAUUACUGAAAGAAAAGGUGUUUGUGUGGGGGCCCGUAGGAGAGAUUAUGCUUUUCUCUUUUGCCCUGCUAGAGAAAACAUGGGAAUAUGGGAGGAGGGAGAGGAGAAAAGGUUAAUUAAACAGUGUUCAGUGGUCAGUGGAAGGAUCGUUUCACAAAGGUCUCCUCUGUGUCACACGGUGGGGUUAUUGGAGAGUCUUGGCACGAAGGACUUUCACUCAUUCCUGCAAUCCGGGUGGGUGCUGAGCCUCUUUGCACUGUAACCCAAGCCUUGAUUGGUGCAGAAGGAGCUAAGCCAGGACCGAGACCAAAUGAAAUGUUGUAAUGUAAAACAGGACCUCCUACGUUCUUAUCUGGAGAACCUGGACUUCCACUUCUCAACUCGGGGAGGCAAACAAACAGCAUGUAAACAGGUGUUUAGUUGGCAUUUCUACGCAAACAGCCGGUUUAGGGCUGAAAACAAAUGCUAAACCUGAGUAAACAGGCGUCGUUGAGUGUGUUUAUGAUGUAUAUCUAAAGAAACCUGUGAUUUUUCUCACCAAAAAAGAAAGGUGAUGCUGUUAUUGCUUGGAAGGAAAAGAAGUAUGCAUAAUUUAUUCCAAAGCACUCCUCUGAGAUGAAGAGUUUGUCUCUUUUUAUUGUUGAUAAGAGCUGUUAACUGUAAUAUGUAUUUAUUUUGCACAGAUUGUUUUCUAUUGCAGUAUUUGUACUUGAUCGAUUUCCAUCACAUUGUCAAAUGAGCGUUUGUCCAGUUGAAUAAAUCCAAAAUGCAGACUACA